UAAAGCCUCAAAGAGCAGCCAUGGGCUACCCUACUGUAGAAAGCCAUAAAGUGCCUGUACCUUUAAGGUUUAUGGUAUUGUCCAUACUGUUCGUAUCUUGAAUCGCAAUGUAGUUUCAAGCACAAUCUUUCAAAGUUUGACUGGAGAAUUGAGGUGAGGAUGAAAACAGUGCCGCUGCCGUUGAGAAAAAGGAAGAGAAAAAAAUACGUUAUAAAAAUAUAACAACCUGGGAUUUGUUCCGAGACAAAUGGUCUUCGUUCAAGAUUAACAUUGAAGAAUAUUGGUGGAGAUAAUCGAGUAAAAUCUAUAAAUUUCGGCGAUUAAAAGGAUAAUGUAUUCAAUCGAUUUAGAUUUUUGUCGCUUGGAUUAGUUCUGCAGCCUUCUCAGUCAUGCACUUAGAAUUCCGAACAUUGAUGUUUGGAAUUGUAACACUGCUGGUCGUAUUUCUGAUCAUUGCUGAUAUUGCUGAAGUCCAGGAAGAAAUUGGGAAUAUUGGAGGUUCCAGAACAUUGUACUUGCACAGCCUCAUCCCCAAGCCCAACAGAAAUGUAGCAGUGAAAGCCAAUCCUACACCUUUAGUCAAUGAAGGGGAGGACAAGAGUCCUGCUUCUCCUUCAGGCUCUAAAAAUUCCACCAGGCUCUCUUCAGAUAACUGGACCUUCAACAGAACCCUCUCCAGCCUCAUCAGGAAGAACAUCCUGGGGUUCUUUGACCCAGAGAGGGACAUCUCUAUUCUGAAGGGCACAUUGAAACCUGGAGAUGUCAUCCACUACAUCUUUGACCGUCAAAGCACUACCAACAUCUCAGAGAACCUGUACCGGUUGCUACCCACUGCAUCCCCCAUGAAGAACCAGCACCACAGACGCUGUGCCAUCGUAGGGAACUCUGGGAUCCUACUCAAUAGCAGCUGUGGGCCAGAGAUAGACUCCCAUGACUUUGUUAUCAGAUGUAACCUGGCGCCAGUGGAGGAGUAUGCUGGGGAUGUGGGGCAGCGCACCAACCUGGUGACCAUGAACCCGUCGGUGGUGCAGCGGGCCUUCCAUGACCUGGCCAGUGAGCAGUGGAGGGAGCGCUUCCUGCAGCGGCUCCGGGGCCUCAGCGGCAGCGUGCUGUGGAUCCCAGCCUUCAUGGCCAAGGGAGGAGAGGAGAGGGUGGAGUGGGCAAUCCGUCUCAUCCUGCUGCACACGGUGGAUGUGCACACCGCCUUCCCCUCACUGCGCCUUCUCCAUGCUGUCAGAGGGUAUUGGCUGACUAACAAUGUCCAGAUCAAGAGACCCACUACUGGUCUGCUGAUGUACACCAUGGCCACUCGCUUCUGUGAGGAGAUCCACCUGUACGGCUUCUGGCCUUUCCCUCGGGAUUCACAGGGGAAACCAGUCAAGUACCAUUACUAUGACACUCUGACCUACGAGUACACAUCCCAUGCCAGUCCACACGCUAUGCCAUUGGAGUUCAGGACACUGAGUUCACUCCACAGACAGGGGGCGCUGCGACUCAACACUGGCUCUUGUGAUGCAGGAAUGUAAUCUAAAAAAGCAGCAUGGAAUGUACACUGAGUAUACCAAACAUUUGGAACACCUUCCUAAUAUUGAGUCGCCCCCCCCCACCCCCACACACACACACACACACACUUCUGCCCUCAGAACUGCCUAAAUUCGUUCGGGCAUGGACUCUACAAGUUGUCAAAAGCGUUCCACAGGGAUGCUGGCCCAUGUUGACUCCAAUGUUUCCUACAAAGUUGGCUGGAUGUCCUUUGGGUGGUGGACCAUUUCUCACAGCUGUCGUGGAAGAGAGAAUGGGACCAAGGUGCAGCGGGUUGCGUGCUCAACAUAUUUAUUAAAUAAAAUGAGAACGCCACGGAAAAACAAUAAACAAACUAAUGACAGGAACAGAGCCGCAGGCUCAACAAAAUCAGUGCUCUCAAACAACUACCCACAAGUGACAAACAGAAACACACACCUAUUUAUAGGACUCCCAAUCAGAGGCAACUAGAAACACCUGCCUCCAAUUGAGAGUCCAGCACCCAACCGACACAUAGAAAAACUACCCUAGAAUAUACACAUAGAAAUACAAACAUAGACUAGUGACCAAAAACCCCGUAAUACAUAAAUAAACUACCCUCUGCCACGUCCUGACCAAACUACAAUAACAAAAUAUCCUCUAUACUGGUCAGGACGUGACACCAUUCUUGAUACACAAGGGAAACUGUUGAGCGUGAAAAACCCAGCAGGGUUGCAGUUCUUGAUUCUUGACAUAAACCGGUGCACCUGGCAGCUACUACCAUACCCUAUUCAAAGGCACUCUCUGACUGGCACACAUACACAAUCCGUGGCUCAAUUGUCUCAAGGCUUAUAAAUCCUUAUUUUACCUGUAUCCUCCCCUUCAUCUAUACUUAUUGAAGUGGAUUUACCAAGUGACAUCAAUAAGGGAUCAUAGCUUUCACCUGGAUUCACCUGGUCAGUCCGUCAUGGAAAGAGCAGGUGUUCUUAAUGUUUUGUAUACUCAGUGUAUAUCGCCAUCGAAAUGACCCAUACACUUUUGGGAAAAGACCUCUUGCUGAGUUGAUGUUUAUCAGACACAGACAUCUCAAAGGAAAUACUUCCUGUAUGAAACUGUUACAGGACACUUUUAUGAAGCUAUGAAUUGAGUUCAAUGACAGUAUGUAGGAUACUGCAUGUCUAAUUUGGGCUCACAUUGUUGCCCUACAAGAGACAUGAGCAGUGAAUAAUUUUGAAAACAUGUUUACAGUAACCUGUGAAAAUGAUCUAAAACUGAAGCUUGUUGCUUUGUUCAUUGUUAAAUCAACCUAAUUGCUGUUGGUAGGCAAAUUGCUUUUUGUAAAUGAGAAGACUGAAAAUGUUACUGCAUUUGCAUGGCAAGUGUGUCAUGUAAAAUUAAUGUAAUUUCAAAGUUUAUAAAUACUUCCUCCAAGGGCAUUGUUAAUGUGAAUUGAACUACUAAGUUAUCAAUAAUUCGUCCUGACAUUUUGGUCAUUAUUCCUUUGAAUUCUACGAUAAAUCUACUUCAUCAGUACUGUUGGAGACAUUAUGUUAUAUCAUAUCAUAUUAGACAGAUUGAAGGCAGAAACACCAGUCUGCAGGGCAGUAGUUGAACCACAAGAUGGAAGCACUUCUUCAUAGGGGAGCUAUAUGUAAUAUUAUUGCAUUGUAAUACAUUUAAAAAAUCAUUAAUAUAUCUACAGUAAUAGUGAAAUGAUAGUGUUUAACAAUAUUUCCCCAAAAUGUUUUAUUGGGCUCACACAAAAUUGCAUUCUAAUGGUGCAGGCUUCUUAUUGAUUAGCGAAAGACAGACCGUCUCGUUGUCAAAUUGACUGGGGCCAGCAAGUCUCUUGUUGUCAAAUUGACUGGGGCCAGCAAAUCUCUUGUUGUCAAAUUGACUGGGGCCAGCAAAUCUCUUGUUGUCAAAUUGACUGGGGUCAGCAAAUCUUUUGUUGUCAAUUCAACAACGGACCAGUGAAUUUGACAAGAGAUUUGCUGGCCCUAGUCAAUUUGACAACAAGAGAUUUGCUGGCCCCAGUCAAUUUGACAAGAGACAGUUCAUUGUUGAGUUGUUAUGUAGUACCUUUAAUUAGUGAACAUGGGUUCAAGUACAUGCUAAUUUUCAUGUGUGAUGGUUUGUGAGCUCUCACUUUAAAUUGGGAAUUUGAUCAUUGAAGUAGUAGGUGUAGGCCUAGUUUCUUAUCUUGCCUUAACUUCUUCCUCAUCAGGGAAACUGUGUUUGUUUUACAAGGAAUGACAGAAUUGCAUUUCUUUCCUUCUGUUCUGUUUGGAGUUUGGUGUAUGAGUCUUUGAAUAUAGUGUGUUCACUUAUGAAUGUUUUCAUUUAAUUCAAUUUGGAGAUAAGAGGUAACUGCACACAGAAAUCCCUGGAUAAAGCAUGAAUGGCUGAAAAUACAGAACAUUUAUAAUCAAAACAAAAACAAGAUGGUUUCAGCACCUUCACAGCUUAUUAAAUUGAUCCUACAGAUGAUCUACAGAGGCCACAGCAAGUGUUGUAGACAACAACCAGUUGCUUUGUGAGAGGAACCUCUUCAAGCCACAGGACUCCAGUCAUCCAGGGCAGACAUUGGCUAUUAUUAGUUUACCUAGGGUGCUCAGUCAAAGGCAGUGUAGGGUAGUAAUGUUGAAAAGAGGCACUCAACUGGUAUGGAAAAGGUUUGAGGUAAUACAGUCCAACAGGGAAUACACCGAGGUGUUCACACACUACUGUUUACACAGGAACAGCCAACAUCUUCAACCUUUCCCUGAGGUUUUGACAAUGACUUUUUUGGAAUGUGCCUCUUAAGACCAUUUCCAAAUAUAGGUGUUUUUAAGACCUUAGGUUGACAUUGGCUAAUGCUUUGCUGUUAUUCAGAAGGUUGUGGUUGUUUUACUAAAUGCCCCACUCAUCAAUAAGUAGGAAGCAGUUCCUGUGAAAAUGUUUUAUGUUGUCAACUGGACAUCAUAAUCGUCAGACAACUUGUUAUCAACAAAUAAUGUGAACAUUGUUUCUAAACAAAACCAGGGCUUGAGAUGGAAUGUGUGUAAAUAUUUAGCAGUCUGUUUAUAUGCACCUCUAGCUCAAGGGAGCUGUGUUAAAGAAAGUUAUAUUUAAUUCUAAAAGUCGUUUCAAAAGGUUUGGCAAGAUGUUCAGCACUGUAGAAAAUGUUUACUUCCACGGCGGGAACUUGCCUCUGUUAAUAGAAGUUAGUAGAAGUAUUUAAAAUAUUUGUAGUAUGGCCUACUCCAGUCGCAGCCUCUCAUGUGCUCUCACACACGUGAUCAGUCUGCAAAAAAGUGUUGUUUUGAUAGGAUCCUUCUGUAGAAUUACAUGUUGCUCUUAUUACACUGACAAUUAAGUUAAACAUAGAUAUAGUCUUACUAUAGAUGUCAGAAGGCCAUCCAGAGUAAUAGACGCAUUUAUUCCUAAAAGAACUGCUGUGUUUUGCAAGUAGAAACGGUCUGUGACCAAUACAACUAAAUGAAUUACCCCUGAAACAGCCUUGGGAUCACAGCUUGUUGGACAUACUGAAGAGAUGUUCACAUAUCCUUCUGUCAAAAUGUGAUCAUUAUGAACUUUCUUUGGUAUUCUAUUUUGAGGUUUUCCCUUCUGAAGUCUAUAUAUGUCCUCUGAAACACUGUCAACUUUUUUGUUCUAAUUUCUUUGAUGCACAUUAUUGUGUUGGAUCUGAAAGUGCUUUUUGUUUGGAAGGACACCAUACUAAAAUUCCCUUUGUAAAUCUGUUGAAAUAGG